CGGCGCUCAGUAUUAGGGGCCUCGAUAACAUGUACGGUCACCGAAGAACAGCGCGCCUUUUCAUCUCGACCGUUGUUCGUCUACAUGGGAUACCAGCAGCAAUCAUUAGUGAUCGAGACCCGAAGUUCACAUCGAAAUUCUGGCAGGACAAAUGGGCUCGGUACGGCACGCGUCUACAGUUCUCAUCCGCGUAUCAUCCCCAAACGGACGGCCAGACGGAAAGGACAAAUCAAACGAUGGAGCAGCUGAUUCGGACAAACUGCCCCGACCGAAAAAAAUGGGAGGACGUGCUGCCCAUGUUGGAAUUUUCCUACAACAACGCGCCCUCGGCUACGACUAAUCACUCCCCGUUCUAUCUCAAUUACGGGAUGGACCCCACCGUACCCGUCUCCACCAACGUUGAGAGUCAAGUACCACGCUCGCAGCAGUUCGUCGAAGAGUUACAGACUGCUCGAGACAAAGCUGUCGAACUUAUUCGUAAGGCAAACGCUACUGCCCGACGGUAUGCAGAUUUACAUCGACGGGAUAUUACAAUGGCAGCAGGGCAACUAGUCCUGUUGGACACCAAGAAUUUACGACUGCCAUUACCGACGAAAUAACGACCACGUUUCUGUGGCCCAU